CACCAUCAUCCUAGUAGAGUAAGCAAACUGAAUUUAUUAUCACACCAUCAUCCUAGAAGGAAAAGCACACUCAAUUUAUUAUCACACCAUCAUCCUAGUAUGGUAAGCGCACUCAAUUUAUCAUCACAUCAUCAUCCUAGUAGGAUAAGCACACUGAAUUUAUUAUCACACCAUCAUCCUAGUAGGAUAAGCACACUGAAUUUAUUAUCACACCAUCAUCCUAGUAGGAUAAGCACACUGAAUUUAUUAUCACACCAUCAUCCU